UAAUAGGGCCAAAUGUAUCCAGAGAAUGUUGGAUUUCCAAUGAAGCGUCAGAGUGAUGGACCUGCUUUCUUCAUGUUGGAGAUGCACUACAACAAUCCCACAUUCCAAACUUUCAGGGAUUCAUCAGGAAUUAGGGUUUACCACACUGAUAUCAUCAGACAACAAGAAAUGGGGGUCUUGGAACUUGGGAUAACUGUCACACCUUUCCAGAUAAUCCCACCAAACCAAAAAAGUUUCAAAACUUCUGCAAUCUGCACAGCAUCUUGUACCCAAAAUGGGUUCCCAGCAGAAGGGGUUUCAGUAUUUGCAGGCCUGCUUCACUCUCAUCUCUUGGGAAGGAAAAUGAAACUUCGGCUGAUCAGAAAUGGCGUGGAAGAACCCUGGUUCCAGUUUGAUGACCAUUACGAUUUCGAUUUCCAAGAAACCCGGGUUUAUCCUGAAGAAAAGAAAAUUUUGCCAGGCGACAUCUUCAUACUUGAAUGCACCUUGGACUCCACAGCAAGGACAGGAGUGACAACAGGGGGCUGGGGCACAGAUGAUGAAAUGUGUCUGGCGUUUUUGUCCUAUUAUCCAAGGUCGGAUCUCAUGCGGUGUUUCACUUUCUUUGACUUUGACUUGAUGCAGGCCCAAAUGGGCUUUCCUGACCUAUUUGCUGAUGGAAACUCCCUCACCUGGAUGGUCGACCAGAACACUACCUGGAAAGAAUACCUGAAUAAUAAAUACGCCCCGUGGAGCCAGGAAACUGUUGACAUGUUCCAGCAAAUUGCCGCUCUGCAAAUAAGCCAGUCCUUUGGUUUCUGCCUCAAUGAGGGCAGUAACGUGAUCCAGGAUGCAGAAAGCAUUUCUGGAUACCCAGAUAUGCAGGAAUACGAACUCCCACCAAGGGAUUGUCCAACGAAAAAAUCCCCGGAAAGAGUUCCAAUUGAAAUGACAAAGAGCUUGAAGUUGGCAUUCCCGAGAAUGGCGGCGACCAACGGCCACUUUUUCAAACGACUGCCGAAAGUUUGAUUGACGUUCAAAAUUCUGAAACUGUCUUUC